CAGUAUUCAAUCCCUCUCUUGCUGCUUCUAAUCCUCACCGUCCAUUCAAAUUUCAAAUGCGCUCAAGACUUACUGUUAACCGCCUCCGUUAAGUCUUCCCCAUACCACCAUUUUCACUCUUCAAUUCGCCUAAUCGACACUAUCAAAACCCUCAGUUUCUCUGAAUCUUUCUUUGUCCCAUCAUGCCUCCGAAGAAAGUCCCCUUAACCACCAGCAACAAUGCCAACAUUUUUCCACCCGAAACGGCUGCUGAAAAAACCAUCGAGCAAACAUACCAGAAAAUCCAGCUCGAACACAUUCUCCUCCGCCCUGACACCUAUAUCGGAUCCAUUGAGAAACACAGCCAGACUCUCUGGGUCUAUGAAGAGAAACAAAUGGUCCAGAAAGCCAUCUCCUACGUCCCCGAACUUUACAAGUUUUUUGAUGAAAUUCUCGUCAAUGCUGCCGACAACAAGCAGCGGGAUCCGAAAAUGAACUCCCUCAAGGUAACCAUUGAUGCCGAGGCCAACUGCAUUAGCGUUUACAACAAUGGUGAUGGUGUGCCCGUGGAGAUCCACCAGGAGGAAGGGGUUUAUGUUCCCAAAUUGAUUUUUGGGCACUUGUUGACUAGAAGUAACUAUGAUGAUCACGAGAAGAAGACUACUGGCGGAAGGAAUGGAUACGGAGCAAAACUUACUAAUAUUUUCUCCACGGAGUUCAUAAUUGAGACGGCUGAUGGAAGGAGGCAGAGGAAGCACAAGCAGGUUUUUUGUGGUAACAUGGGAAAUAAGACUCAGCCUGUUAUAUCAAAAUGCAAAGACGGCGAGAAUUGGACAAAGGCCACAUUUAAGCCAGACUUAGCCAAGUUCAACAUGACUCAUCUGGAGGAUGAUGUUAUUGCCCUGAUGAAGAAGAGGGUGGUUGACAUGGCAGGAUGCCUUGGAAAGACUGUGAAAGUGGAACUGAAUGGUGAAGACAUUAGGGUCAAAUCUUUUGGUGAAUAUUGCAACCUUUACUUGAAAUAUGCUUUCAGAAUAGAAGAGAAGGUAGAUAGGUGGGAAGUUUGUGUAAGUCUGAGCGAUGGACAAUUUCAACAGGUCAGCUUUGUAAAUUCGAUUUCAACAAUUAAGGGUGGGACACAUGUGGAUUAUGUAACUAAUCAGAUAACAAAUCAUCUUGCUGAGUAUGUUAACAAGUAGAAAAAGAAUGCCAACCUCAAACCCCAUUCCGUGAUGAACCAUUUGUGGGUGUUUGUUAAUUGCCUUAUUGACAAUCCUCCUUUUGAUUCUCAAACCAAAGAAACUUUGACGCUUCGCCAGAAAAACUUUGGUUCUGAAUGUAAACUCUCAGAUAAGUUCCUCAGUAAAGUGACAAAUUCUGAGAUAGUGAGCAAUAUCAUGGAAUGGGCAGAGUUCAAGGAGAAAAAAGACCUUAAGAAAACUGACGGAACAAAGAGCAAGAGAAUAUCUGGGCUUACAAAACUAGCUGAUGCUAAUGAUGCUGGAGGGAGAAACUCUGAGAAAUGUACCCUAAUUUUCACAGAAGGAGAUUUGGCAGCCACUCUUGCUAUUGCUGGACUAUCAGUUGUGGGGCGAGAUCACUAUGGAGUGUUUCCCCUAAGGGGUAAAUUGCUAAAUGUUAGGGAUGCAGGUACUAAGCAGAUCAAUGACAAUGCUGAAAUUCAGAACAUCAAGAAGAUUCUUGGAUUGCAGCAUAGCAUGGUACAGUACGACAGCAUCAAAUCUCUGAGAUAUGGCCACCUGAUGAUAAUGACUGAUCAGGAUCAUGAUGGUUCCCAUAUCAAGGGGCUAUUAAUUAAUUUCAUCCACUCAUUCUGGCCAUCAUUGCUCAAAAUUCCUUCUUUUUUGGUUGAGUUCAUUACACCGAUUGUAAAGGCUACUCAUAAGAAUGGGGAGAAAAGGUCAUUUUAUACAAUGCCCGAGUACGAAUCAUGGAAGGAAAGUUUGGGAGACGGAGCAAGAAGUUGGUCUAUAAAAUACUACAAGGGGUUAGGAACAAGCACAGAUAAGGAAGGGAAGGAGUACUUUAAGGAUCUUGGGAAGCACAAGAAGGACUUUGUCUGGGCGGAUGACCGUGAUGGGGAGGCAAUAGAACUUGCUUUCAGCAAGAAGAAGAUAGAAGCCAGGAAAAAUUGGCUUAGGCAGUUUGAGCCUGGCACUCACCUUGAUCAGGAAUCUGACUUUGUCAACAAGGAACUUAUACUGUUUUCAAUAGCUGAUCUUCAGAGAUCAAUUCCUUCCAUGGUUGAUGGAUUGAAACCUGGUCAAAGAAAGAUUCUUUUCUGUGCAUUUAAGAGAAACUUUGUCCAUGAAGCAAAAGUUGGCCAAUUUGCUGGUUAUGUAUCUGAGCACUCAGCUUACCAUCAUGGUGAGCAGAGUCUUGCUAGUACCAUUAUCGGCAUGGCUCAAAAAUAUGUGGGAAGCAACAACAUAAAUAUUCUGAAACCGAAUGGUCAAUUUGGUACACGAAAUCAGGGUGGCAAAGAUCAUGCAAGUGCAAGAUAUAUAUUCACUCAGCUUUCUGCUAUUACACGAUUUCUAUUUCCAAAGGAUGAUGACAUUCUACUGGAUUACCAAAAUGAAGAUGGGCAAACAAUUGAACCUACUCGGUAUGUGCCAAUCAUACCAUUGGUUCUGGUGAAUGGAAGUGAAGGAAUAGGGACGGGAUGGAGUUCAUUUGUCCCUAAUUAUAAUCCACGUGACAUUAUUGCCAAUGUGAGGCAUAUGUUGAAUGAUGAACCAAUGGAGCCUAUGGAUCCAUGGUAUGAUGGAUUCAGAGGAACUAUAGAGAAAACAGCAACAAAGGAAGCUGGGGCAACCUACACUGCUACUGGAAUUAUAGAGGAAGUCAGUGAUACAACACUAAGGAUUACAGAGCUUCCAGUUCGGAAGUGGACUCAGGAUUACAAGGACUUUCUAGAGUCCCUUUAUCCAUUCAUUGAGGAAGUGAGGGAGUACCAUACUACUGAUUCUGUGAAUUUCGAGAUUGAUUUGUCUGAGGAGAAUAUGAUGGUAGCCAAGCAAGAGGUCAUUAUGUCCAAACUGUGA